AUGUCUGAAGUACUACAAGACGAAAUGAGUAAUUAUGGAAAUGAGGACGAUGAGGGACACCUUUCCUUCACCUGUCGCCUACAAGACACCAACAACUUCUUCAGCGGCUCGCAGGGGGGCAAACGCCCGCCCAAACUUGGACAGAUAGGCAGAAGCAAACGAGGUAACUAUGACGAUCAAAGUAUUUUCAGUUGUGUUAUGGGGAUGUGUUAUGGGGAUGUCUCCAUUGUCCAUUUACUCAACAUUGGAUGGGAAAUAAUGGUAGGCUAUCGGCAAUUCAAUGGGAAGUUUAUUCUGAUGAAUAUGGUAUGGGAUCAAUGGUUUUUAAGAAGACGUUUGGAUGCGCAGUGCGUGCGUGCUGCUGUCAAAUGCCUCUAGGUCCAUGUGUAAAACUCAGUUCCACAAUGUACUUCACAUCAACGGAGUUGACCGGCGACUAGUGUGGCCGGACUGGAGCUCAGACAUCACAUAAAAUUAAGUUUUUAUAAAAAACGAUGGAUUUCAGCACUCAAAGAAUAGCACACAUCGUGGAUUAGAGUUUUACUUGGCUAAGUGUUGCCAUGCUGUUUCACUGAAUAUUCCAACCCACAUGCAUGGUGCGAUUCUAUAGGAUUGUAGAAUAUAUUCUGUGUGUCUUAUUCUUGUGUGUGUGUGUGUGGGUGGGUGGGUGUUUGUUUGUGUGUGCAUGCAUGUGUGUGUUGUGCAUGACCAAUUAAAUAAACUUGAAAUGUGUUAUAUACAACUCAUCUAAAACAUUUGCAAAUGAACACACACAGCAUCUCUCUCUCUCUCUCUCUCUCUCUCUCUCUCUCCUCUCUCUCUCUCCUCUCUCUCUCUCUCUCUCUCUCUCUCUCUCUCUCCUUCCGUGCAGUGCUGUAGCCCAGUGCAUGAGUUCCAUGCAUUCAUAUCAAUUAAAGAUUAGAUUCUUAGAUGUGAUAACGUGUCAACCCCCCUCCUCAUCAUCGUCUCUCUCAUGUUCUUCACAGUCGUCGAGGAUGAGAGUGGCGUUGACGAGGCGCAGAAAAACGGGACAGAGAAAACACAGACGGAGGCUUAA